AUGCUCGGCUCCACCUCCUCCGCCGCCACCUCCACCGCCGCCGCCACCGCCUCCUCCUCCGCUCCCAUUGCCACCGCGGCCGCCGCCUCCGCUACCACUGCCGCCACCGAAGCCCCCACCCCCGCCACCACUCCCACCACCACCCCCACUCCCUCCGCCUCUUCCACCUCCACCUCCACCGCCCCCGCCAGCCCCUCCCACCGCCCUUGCCCCCCCUUGCCCUUGCCGGUGCGGCGUCUCCUGCUAGGGGCAGACGCAGCGCCGACCGACUCGGUGCCAACGAAGUCGACGGCAGCAGCAGAGGCAACAGAGGGCAAAAGGGGGGAGGGGGAGCACCCCUCAAAGACAGGGGCACACGGGUCACCUCGAGAGGCUCCUACAGCAACUAUACUCUUCUAA